AUGGAGAGAGUUCUUCCUGAAGAAAUCAUACUACACAUAUUUGUUAGGGUUCCAUUUGAAUCUGUUUGUGAAUGCAGAUUAGUAUCAAAGACAUGGAAACACUUCAUCUCUCAUCUUUCUAAGGUUAAUACCCCUCCUUCAGAUUCAAAGAUUAGUUUCAUUUUCCUCAAUAUGUUACCAAAAGAUAAAGUGCAGCUUCUCUCUUUAGAAUAUGAUAAUAAUAAUGAACAACCACAAUCUCAACUCAGAAUCUCCAAGAUGAAUCAUCCACUCAUUAGCAGAGAUGAUUGUAAGUCGAUGUCAUUCGGUAUAACUAAAUUUUGGGAGAAAAAGUCUGUGAUAAUUGGUUCUUCUAAUGGUUUGAUUUGUUUAUCUAUACCUAUAGAUGGUAGAUAUGGGGCUUUUAAUGAUCCUCUCUAUAUCUGUAAUCCUGUUACUAGAGAAUACAUACUGUUACCAAUUUGUGGUGAAAAAUGUCGUCGAAAUGUAUUUGGGUUUGGUUACAACGACAAAACGAAUGAGUAUAAGGUGGUUAGAAUCUCCUAUGAAUCAGAUGAACAUACAGAACCAGGACAAGUUCAGGUAUACACUAUUGGGGCUGGUACGGGCUGGAGAAACAAAGGGGAGAUUGCUUAUUCGUUGCAGACGAAUAAUUCUCAUUCACCGGGUGUGCAUGCAGAUGGAGAGAUUUAUUGGUUGCACCAAAAGAUACUACCAUGGAAAGCUGAGGUUCCUGGUAAACUAAUGAAAUCGAACUUUGAUAGAAUUGUGGCCUUCAAUCUGGCAGAUGAGGUGUUCCGUCUGCUCCCUAUGCUGCCUGAUUACCCUCUCCUGCCUGGUGACCCAAAUUUUGCACUUCCUUGUUAUUAUCGAAUCCAAGUUUUAGGAGGCUGCUUGUGUUAUAUGCGUUUAGAAGGUUCUGCUGAUGUAUGGUCAUUUAAUAAGAAAAAUGAUAGUAGCGGUGGUAGCUUUAACGAAAAGGAAGAGGAUUCCUCCAAUUGGAGUUUGGCAGGCACCUUGCAAUCCGAACGUGACUGUGGUAAGGAUUUCUUGGCCCUCACGAAGAACGGGGAGAUUUUAUACUGGGAUGAUGAAAAAACUUACUUAAGUUAUAACCUGAGAACUGAAAGUAUAAAAGAGCUUCUGAAUGAUGUUACUACUGGUUUGGAUGUUUUUGAAACCAUUCGUCAUGAGUAUAGCUUUGUUUCAUUGGAAGCGUUAGGAGAAGAGAAUGUUAGGAUGUUUGGUCGAAUCAACUGA